GUCACGGUACGCGUGACAGUCACUAUAUAAAUCACAGUUACCCGUGACAAGCGACCUAAAGGAUCGUGCUCUUUACGUCGAUAUCUACCGCACAGGUAUUGCCCGUCUGAAGUGCUACUCUAAGCUGGGCCACGUUGGCGUGUGUUGGGUCUCUGGUGUACACUCUCCGCCUUGAAAAUCCCAUAGAUCUCUGUUGGGGACAUGUCAGAGGACUUCCAUUGUCCUACGCGUUGUCGGAGAUAAUCGGUGACGAUCUGAGCAUCACGACUUUUCACACGGUUGUUGUCAAAGUACUUGGGACCGGCUCCGUGGUCUAGUGGUACAGCGUCUGCCCGGAGGGAGGUUGCAGACAAGAACUAUGAGUACACUAUCGUGUGUGUGUUUGCUGGCCUGCGUGGCACUGGCACUUGCACUGACGUCCAAGCAGGAUGUUUCAGAUAACUGUCCUUGUUGCAUGUGCGGUCCUGAUAUCACUGUUACUAUGGAGGUGGACAACAGCCUCAAGCCGCCGACAUUCAAGUCCUAUAUCGAGCUUGAGAUGGCUCAGAGAGAGCUUAUCUACUUCCUCCAGGAAGCCGCCAUCUACGACCAAUAUUUUCAUUUCACAGCUGAGUAUUUUACGUCAGAUGCGGUGAUUGGGUUUUUUAUUAUGAGCAUGAAUAAAUUAGCCGGAACCACCGAGGACAAGACUUACUGGCAGAUCCUGGACAAAGGGAUACCUACACCUUCAGGUGUCAGUAUGUACGUACCAACAGAUGGGUCCGUAAUUACCUUCAAUUUCACCACGUACUAGACAGACAAUUUCAUCACACCGUAGACAAGGGUCGAGUUAAUAAAUAACAAGACGUGAAAAUACCGUAUCUCUAUUAAGGCAUACGUAAAUGAUUGUCAGAAGUUAUGUUGUGGGAUUGUUUACCCUCUGAACGUCAUCUCAUAGGAAAAGAAUAAAUAUGUUAGUGCUGUCUGUAUAUGAACAUGUAAUAAAUGCUUGAGGUGGUGAAGUCCAACAAUAGUUAUCAUUGUGGAUAAUUCUAAGAAAACUACCUCUAUUACCUCAGGCCAUAAAUCCUGCCUUUUGGCUGAUCUUACACCAUGAAACUUUAAGAUUUGCCACAGACUCUCCUCUUCACAGUUAGGUUUCUCAUGGUCUUGAGGGAGAUUUUCUACAGUCCACAGCAUCUGCGCAUGCGAAUGGCGGAAAACGUCACUUCCUUUCAAUAACAAAACAUCCUAGAUGCCUAUAUGUUGGAGAAGUGGGAGGGAUUUCGUCACUUCCGGUUUAACGUCAUUUCCUGUUAUAACGUCAUUUCAGGUUCUCUGAUGACACAAUCAGCUUUGAUAACAUUCAAAUUGGCGUCAAUACCGAAGACCCGUCGAUCACUAACAGAUCUUAUAAUGUGAGUCCAACCGUUGACCAAGAACCUGCUCAUCUUGGUCGACAUAUGAUCAAAGGUCUAAUUUGUAGUCAACUGGAAUCCUCGCCCCUAUAGCACUAUAGCAUGGGCUGUCAUCGGUGGUCCAGUUGUCCCAGUUAAUAUAGGCCUCCCAUGUGUGGUUGGAUAUCACAUAAAUAGAAAGUUUGUGAACAUGCUAUGCGAACCCAUUGACAGUUUGAUACGAUGUGUUCUAUGGAGUUCCAGGAAGCUGAUCUUGAUAGUUAAAUCCUGGCUGUAAGGUAGACUUUAAACGCUUUUAACGGGUGCAGUAACUGUCUGGUCCGUCAGCGGCUUAGUUAAAUGUGAGGAUUGAGUGUUGUCUAUGUGCGAGUAGUCUAGCUAUUGUGGGCAGGUUCUCAACGAUUUAAUCUCAGAGUUGUCUCAGAGUAAUCGUAUUCAAACUAUAGUCGUGAGUGAGUGAAGAGACAUUGUAUGUUACUCCGACACUCUGGCUGCCGUGGCCAUGGCUUGGAAGCUUGCAAAAGAGUAGCGAAUACAUAGGCUCAUAAGGUGGCUCUAACAGUGAUGAUAGAAAACAUAUAGAGAAAAUGGACUUCUGGAUUAAAAAGAUUUCAGAAGACAAUUACGCACUUGGUGAGUACAUGUGACCCCAUCUCCCCGAGGCAAGGGCGUUUACUGACUAUAAAAGUCCAGUUUCCAACCUUGCCGAAC